AUGGCAUCCCAUCAACUGGUCGUCUCCUUCAGCCAUGUUGUCCUCAACUUCCCGAGUAGGCAGUUGUCCUCAGAUAAGACUGGUCUUUGCACAGUGACCACCGAGCGUCUGGUGUAUGUCAAACUACAACCACACAAUCAAACACCUGCUCAACAGCGUAUCUCGAGGGUGAGGAUGUUUCGUCAGCAGCAAGCCGCUUUUCACCAGCAGCGUCAGACUCUCCCGCCGUCGUAUGGGACGCCAGUACCACAAAACCAGUACUCCAUGGCCGGGAUGAAUAUGCCGCUGAACCGUGCAUCACCGAUGAUGCCUCAGUCAUACCUUGGCUUCAAUCAGCCAGCUCACAACCCGGCACUGACUCCAUGGCUAGCGAACCUCCUCGAGAUGCCUCCCUACGUGAACGCCCCUCUCCUGACCCCGACGCCUUCCAGAUCUCAGCAGUUCACCGGGCCCAACGAGCUUGGAUACUGGACCCCGGCACCAUAUAACCAGCGCGGUGUGCCAGGGAUGCCGAAUGGCACGAUGAUGCCCUCUCAACGGCAUGAUUCCUUCGCAACACCGGCUCGUAGGCCGGCAGUACCUCCUCAGUUGCCUUUCGCGACGGGAAGUCACUUGCCAGGCGGACCUUUAAGGUCUACUAUGCAGCCGGCGCAUGCAAAUUGGUAUUGUCCAGCAAUGCUACCGGCGUCUUCACCUCUUCCUUCUCAACAGCAUGGUCGCUUCCCUACACCCGCUGCUAGGCCGGCAGUAUCUCUUCAGUCGCCUUUGGCGACGGGGAGCCACUUGCCAGGCGGAUCCCUUGGGUCUACUAUGCAGCCGGUGCAUGCGAAUCAGUCACCAUCGUCUGCUCCUCAUCCCGUCAUCGACCUCACCCAGCCUGAGGGUCCGAUCGAUCUCACCGAAGAGGAGGAGUAUGACGACACUCAAGAUGCUCCGGGCUCUCCAGAUCCCCACUAUGUCGUUGACUUCACCCCUGAGGAAGCGUCAUCUGUACCAGAGCCAGCCGCUCCCAAGCCUAUGGGAUUUGUCCAGUAUAUGUCGAAGAACUGGCUGGAACGGGCGCCCAAUUUGUUCACGAAUGGUACUGAUGGUGAGGAGAAGAUUAUGGAGUUCAGCAAUCUCAAGUGCACGGAGAGAGAAUACGAGGAGCUGAAGAAAAGCGGGCUGAAACCCUCACAUGGUUUAGUAACCAGGUCGGCCCCUAAGAAGAAGGGUAAGGGUAAAUGCACCUUGACGUCGUCAAAGUCGUCGAAGCGUGGGCGGGCAGUCGAGGAUGAUGGGGAAGAUGACAGGGCAGCUAAGCGUCGUUCGCCGUCCAAGAAGACGACUGCGAGCCAUGAGAAGACUGCCAGUCGUCCUGAGACGUCUGUCGACGAGCCAGUCGUUGCCGAGAGCUCGACGAUGGCUCAGGCUCGUGAGUUUGCGGAAACGAGCACAGCUGCGCAGUCUCUCGGUGGGCCAGAGGUGCCUAUCGCUGGCAUAGAGGCCGCCAACGCCUCCUCACCGCUUAUGGUACAUGAGACAGGCGCAGCUGUACAGUCUCUUGGUGGGCCCGACGACCCUGUUGCUAGCAUAGAGGUCGUCGAAGCCUCCACAACGCCUAUCGUGCAAGAGACGACGGAGUCGGAAGCCGACUUGGACGAAGAGGUUUUUCCGUUUACCUCGGCGGCAACGGAGAAAGCAGAGGAGUCUGACGAUGACUCUGGUGGAGAGCUCGUGUUGGAAGGUGAGGUCGGUACUGGUGAGGUCACUGCGGUAGAGGAAGAGCAGGACCAGACGGAGGGGGGGCUCGAGAUGUCUGCGGACGAUCUUAUAAGAGAGUUGGGAUUGGCAUUAGAGGAGAAGGACACGGUUCCAAGGGCGCAGGAGGCAUUUUUGGAGUACGGGCGGGCACAGAUGGACGAUGAAUCUGAGGAAUCGGAAGAAGAGUGA